AUGUCAACUAACUUUCCCUUCGUUUUCUCCCAAAGCUACAGAAUAUGGCGGAGUUAUGAUAAUCACUUUCGACUACAAAACUGGGAGAGAAGUUUUGAGGCUUUGAAUCAGCGUGCAGUGGCUGUGGCUGUAGAUCCAAUACAAAGUGUAAAAGGCAAAGUGGUCAUUGAUGCUUUUCGAUUGAUCAAUCCACAGACUGAGUGGUCAAGAUCAAAGCCUGCAACAUGCAAUAUGGGACAUCUGACUAAACCAUCCAUUCGAGCAUUGCUCCAUGGAUUGAACCGGCAUUACUACUCCAUAGCCAUUAACUACAGGAAAAAUGAACUUGAAGAGAAGAUGUUGCUUAAUCUCCACAAGAAGAAAAGGACUGAUGGUUUGACACUUCGACAUUUUGAUACACAUUCCAAAACUAGUGAACAGACAGUAGGUAAUUUAGUGAUUCAAAGUGUAAGGUAG